AUGUGAGAAUUUUCUCGUUACAUGGUUCGGAGUCUUCGGACAUACCGACCACAGACAAAGUAAGAGGGUUGAGAUGUUGCUCUGGCGAAGCAGAGUACCUACCCUCCCAUUUUCGUUUUCUGUCAAGACUUUUGUCGAACAUUUCCCGGUUUCGAAACCGAUAACGUUUCGUUCACAGACUCACAAAAUCUGCUCAAAACUCGAAUCCAUCAUCAGCGUUGAAGGCUCUCCCCAUUUCAAGAACUUAAAUUCCCGUCAAAAAGAACAGAUUCAUCUCUACGUCGACGCUCUUCUCGACUGGAACCAGAAAAUGAACUUGACCGCAGUUAAAGAUGCGACUGAAAUCAUGGGAAGGCAUAUUGAGGACUCACUUGCAAUCAUGCCGCCUAUGAAGUCUUGUUAUAUCUCACAUUGUAAGAAAGCAUGUGACAAGCUCAGCCUUGUUGAUGUUGGAAGUGGACAGGGGCUGCCUGGAUUAGUUUUAGCUAUAGCUUUCCCUGGUUGGGAGGUGACGCUUCUGGAAUCGAUGAACAAGCGCUGUGUUUUCUUGGAGCAUGUGGUUGAUCUUACUGGAUUAUCAAAUGUCCAAGUUGUGAGGGGAAGAGCAGAGGAUUUGGGGCAGAAUUUUUCCUUCAGAGAACAAUAUGAUAUAGCAGUGGCCAGAGCAGUAGCUGAAAUGAGAAUAUUAGCCGAGUACUGUCUUCCUCUUGUUCGUGUUGGUGGACUAUUUGUUGCAGCAAAGGGCCAUGACCCUCAGCUGGAAGUUAGAAAUGCUGAAAGAGCAAUCCAGUUGAUGGGGGCAUCUGUGUUGCAACUGUGCUCAGUUGAAUCUCACAGCCCAUAUGGACAACGAACUGCUGUGGUAUGUUUCAAAGAUCGCCCUACCCCUAGGAGGUAUCCCCGUGAUCCAGGUACACCAGCAAAAGAGCCUCUGUGAUGUCCUCUCCACCUUCUGUUUUAUUGUAUUCUACUUUCCUUUCCUGUGCUAAUAUUUUGUAUAUUGAAUCCUUUACACAAUUAGCAAAUUAGAUAUUUGCAAAUCAAAUGUUAUGUUUUAUUAAUUGGGUAACUCCUCCUUGUGAAGUUUCGCCUUUUCCAUUC